AUGAAUAUAAAGAAUAAAUGUUUAUUUAUUUAUAACACUGUAUCCUAUUUAUUGUGGAUAUGUGUGUUGUAUGUUUCGGUAGAGUAUGCUUUAUAUAAUGAGAAACGCCCUAUUACUAAAUUCUGGGGCAAACAUAAAAAAUUGAUAGCUAUAACUCAAUCGUUAUCCAUUUUUGAUGUGCUAUUUUCACUUUUUGGUUUUAUAAAAUCGGAUGUUAAAAUAGUGGUGACUCAAAUAUUCAGCCGUUUUUUUAUUGUUCAUUUAAUUUUUAAUUAUUUACCAAACAAUAAUAAAUGGAUAUUGUCUUGUUUAAUUCCAUGGGCAAUUAUAGAUAUAAUUCGCUAUCUUAUAUAUUCUCUCAAUUUGCUAAAUAUAAGAGUUGGAAUAUUAACAUCCUUACGAAAUAAACUUCCACUGAUACUAUACCCAAUAGGAAUUGUGUCCGAAGUUGUAUGUACACUGACUAGCCUAAAAAAUAUCCAAUCAACUCCCUUUUUAAGAUCAUUCCCCUAUGCAAUGCCCAACAAUUUGAAUUUUCAAAUUGACAUUUACUAUUUUUGUAUUUUCGUUUUGUUCCUUUACAUUCCCGGAAGCAUAUUUGUUUAUGCAGCAGCCAUUAGAAAAAGCAGAGGAAAAAACACGACAAGCGAAAAAAAGAUGAACUAA